AUGAAGUUCACCCCCCUCAUCGUCCUGGCGACGACCCUUUCGGGCGCCUUUGCCCAGAAGAACCCCCUCGCCUCCCUUGGUCCGCUCGGCAAGCUCGGCGCCAAAGCCUCCGACGCAGCCACCUGCGCCAUCGCCUCGUCGCAGCUCUCGUGCCACGCCUCGUACGACAUCCCUGCCUCCUCGUCCGCCAACUGCUGUUUCAACGGUGCCAUCUCUGAGGGGGACAAGCAGUCGGGUCUUGUCCUGUCCACUUCCUUCUGGACAACCACCGCGGCGGACCCCGCUAACAACGGUCCCAAGGACUCGACCACGAUCCACGGUCUCUGGCCGGACUACUGCGACGGCACCUACCCUGCGUUCUGCUCCAACGCCUCCGGCAUCCCCGAGUACACCGGUGCGCAGAUCGAGGCCGUGAUGCAAAAGUACGACCCGGCGCUGUUCGCUUACUACCAGACCUACUUCAAGGACCUCAACGGCGACAGUGCCGACUUUUUGGAGCACGAGUACAACAAGCACGGCACGUGUUUUACUACGAUGCGUCCCACCUGCCAACCCGCCCUCCCCUGGAUCAGCAAGCCCGACUUCGCCGUCUUGAACUACUUCCGUCAGAUCGCUCAUAAGUUUGCCGAACGACCGACGUACAACAUCCUCGCCAACGCGGGAAUUGUUCCCAGUGCCACCCAGAAUUAUACUCUGGUGCAAGUCCAGGAUGCUCUGAAGAAGGUGCAUGGUGGUACCCCGUACGUCGGCUGCAACAAGAAGACCGGAGCAUUGAGCGAGUUCUGGUUCUAUUGGAAUGUGAGGGGCCAAGUCAACUUCGGUCUGUACGAGCCGGUUGAGAGUACCACCAAGAGCAACUGUCCCGCCAGCCUCAGGUACCUCCCCAAGCCCUGA